AUGAAGCCCGUCGUCUCUGUCUUGAACGCCUGGUCUUGCGUCGUUAUCUCCGUUUUCGCAAUCGUCAUUCUCUCAGUCCUCGGCUCGCUAUACAGCAGCAACAACCACGCAUACACCGGAUCAAAAGAUGAACCUGAAGAUGGUCCCGCCGUCGCCGCCUCCAUUUACGUCGCUGUGAUCGUCUACGCUGGCUUCUUCGUUUUCUGCGGUUUCCAGGCUUACCUUCACAUGCGAGACAGCAGGGGAGGUGCUAUAUCACUUCAUUGA